AAUCCCAGCAAUAACUCAUCUCCCAGGCAGCCCUGUGCCUUCCCCUGCCUGCCGCUUCCCGGGCGUUGUGAAAUCCAAGUGGCCUCUCUGCCUCCCCCGGCCGGGGAGUCACCAGCAGGUACCUCACUGUGCGGGGGUGCGCUGGCACGGGCUGCCCCAGGGCCUGACAGGCAGCGUGGGACUGUGUCCCCUAGGAGAGGGGACCUGAGGACACUGACACCAAAGGCAAGAUGUCCUCCCCCUACCUGGUUCGCCUCCUCGGGUUUGUCUCAGUGGAAUUAGGUCUAAUCCAGCACGGCCCAGCUCAACCUGUCUGCAAAAACAGCACUUUGCCCCGCGCCCUCCCCGCUGCUCCCCGACAUCCCACAGGUGCCCCCAUGGGAGCUGAGGGCCACCGGGUGCCAUGGUCCCCAGAGACGGGCUGGAGGUCUUCCCUCGCUGGUGGGGGGCAGGGAUGGCCCCGGGACUCUGAGAAGACCACGAGCUACUGGAACGAAGGGGCCAGGAGGAGUCUGGAGUUGGCCCUGGCAUUGCAGCCAGCGGCACGGCGGGCCAAAAACAUCAUUCUCUUCAUGGGUGAUGGCAUGGGGCUGCCUACCAUGUCAGCAACUCGGAUCUACAAGGGGCAGCUGGCCGGUGGCUCAGGCGAGGAGACCGUCUUGGCCAUGGAGACCUUUCCCCAUGUGGCCCUGGCCAAGACCUACACCAUCGACCGGCAGGUGCCCGACAGCGCUGGCACGGGCACAGCCUACCUCUGUGGGGUGAAGGCCAAUGCCAAGACGCUGGGGCUGAGUGGGGCGGCCGUCUAUGGCAAAUGCCGCACCUCCUUUGGCAACGAGGUGGACUCCAUCCUGCACCGGGCCAGGCUGGCGGGAAAGUCGGUGGGCAUCGUGACGACCACGCGGGUGCAGCACGCGUCUCCCGGGGCAGCCUAUGCCCAUUCGGCCAGCCGGAGCUGGUACGCCGACACCAACAUGCCCAAGGAGGCGUUGCGGGAUGGCUGCAAGGACAUUGCCUACCAGCUGGUGCACAACACGGACAUCAACGUGAUCCUGGGUGGCGGGCGGAUGUACAUGACCCCCAAGCGGACCCCGGACCCUGAGUACCCUGAGGACCCAGCUCAGAAUGGCACCAGGAAGGACGGAGUGGACUUGAUUGCUGAAUGGCUGAGUGCCAAGCAGGGCGCCCGCUACGUCUGGGACAAGAAGGGCCUGGACACGGUCGAGGAUGAUUCCGUGAGCCACCUGAUGGGUCUCUUUGAGCCCAAGGACAUGAAGUAUGAGCUGAACCGCAACGCCUCCACCGACCCUUCCAUCGUGGAGAUGACAGAAAAGGCCAUUCGCAUCCUGCGCAGGAACCCCAAUGGCUUCUUCCUCUUCGUGGAAGGUGGCAGGAUUGACCAUGGCCACCACAGUGGCCGGGCCAAGCAGGCACUGAUGGAAGCCGUCAUGCUGGACCGGGCGGUGGCACGGGCAGGCGAGCUCACCUCCCCCUCUGACACCUUGACCGUGGUGACGGCCGAUCACUCCCAUGUCUUCACCUUUGGGGGCAACACUCUACGUGGCAACUCCAUCUUGGGGCUGGCCCCCAAGAAAGCCAAGGACAAGCGAGCCUACACCAGCAUCCUCUAUGGUAAUGGCCCUGGCUACAGCAUCCGUGACGGGGCCCGCCCAGCCGCCAGCCUCCCGGCCGCAGAGGACAAGGACUACAGGCAGCAGGCAGCCGUGCCCCUGGAGUCGGAGACCCACAGCGGGGAGGACGUGGUGGUGCUGGCCCAGGGCCCCAUGGCCCACCUCUUCCACGGGGUGCAGGAGCAGCACUAUAUCGCCCACGCCAUGGCCUACGCCGCCUGCAUUGAGCCCUACGCCACCGAGCCGGGGUGCGGGGCAGCCCGCAGGGCCUCCCAUGGCACCCAGUGCUCCCCACAGCCCCUGCUCGCCCUCCUGGCCCUCUGCGUGGCUGCCCACAUGGUGGGGGGCUGAGAGCCCCCAGACAAGCCCUGCUUCAACCCAGGCUGCCUGGCUCCCCACGAGC